CUGUCUUCUCCCGUGCAGCAUCGCAAGCCACAUUCAUUUCCUGUUCUAUCCUCGUCGUCGUCGUCUUCGUCGUCUUCGUCGUCUCCUUCUUUCGCCACUUAUUUUCGCGAGCGGACUUCGAACUCGUCUCUCUUCACGCCCAGCUCGACUGUCUCAGAAUCUCGCGCGAUCUGCACCUCUUCAUCCUCCUUGCUGAUUCGUCACUGUUCCUGGUCCGCUUCUCGGUCCGACUCGCUUUCGUCCGGCUCCGUGCCCCGCCCAGCUGCCGGUCAUGCCGCCAACCGCCGUACCAGCCCCACCCAGAGCCCUCUUUGUUCGUGCUCUGUUGGCUCCUUGUCCAGCCCCUCCAUCCUCUCGGGCUCGUCCUCCGUCCACGCCUCCUCCUCCUCCUCCUCCUCCUCCUCUUCCUCCGUCUCCGCCUGCUCACUGCUCUCCGCUCAACUCCACUCGCUCUCCUGCCAGCCCGGCAAGGCGGCUCGGCUCCGAUGGCGUUUCCGCUUCUCGUUGUCAGAAGACGGCCAGCCCGCCUUGAGGCAGACGCAGCAGCCUGAGGCCGAGGGGAAGAUGGAAAGCGGGAGGAAAGAGGGAGAAAAUGGUCUGUCCACUUUAAAGGCGAAGAUGCCCGGUAGUUUCAUCGGUGAGAGCCCUCGAUGUAGGCGAUGCCGCCGGCAUACCAAGCGGUCCAGAGAGGAGCCCAGUGGAAGGGGUCGUAGGCAGAGUGGAGGUAACGUCUAUAGGGGAAGAGGCCGAGCUAGGGCCAAGGCUGGGGGAGAUGAGGAGCGCAAGGCAGGAUGCUAUCUGAAAAAAUUUAUAUCCAAGUAA